AUGACAGAACUCAAUUGCAAAUACCUUUUAGGUACAUGUUAUACUUGUCAAAAAUGCUUAUACUACUUUGAGUUUCCACAACCAGAGUCAUGUAAAUGUAAUAAAAAUAAAAAUCUACAAGAACUAAAAAUCCAAAACGUGCACAACAAAUAUACCAGCGCAUUUUCAAGCCAGAUUCAUUAUUUCCAGAAGCAAAUAAAUUUUUGUUUGACGCUAAUGAAAAGUAUGGUUAUAAUAGUAACUUUGAAAAAUCAUUUUCCUACACCUUUUGUAGUACUUGUAAUAGCAAAACUCAAUGGUACAGAAGUAUUGACAAGAAAAACCAUCACUCCAAGUGAUUUAUCAAAUGAAAAAGAAGUUGAAAAUGUUGAUAAAAAAGAGAAUCAUCGAAUAUUCUUUUUGGUGAGUAGUGAUUCUGAAAAGGGAGAGGAUGUUGAUGAUGUAGAAAUUGAUUAUGAAGAUAGUAAUCUUGAAGAAAUAAAAGUGCAGAUACUUGUUAAAAGUAACAAUAUAAAGGUACCUAUGGCGAAAACUUUGAAUAUUGAACCUAUUAGAUAUAAAAAAGUUAUGGAAAAAAUAAGUUCAAUAGUUCAAAAGACUUUGAAAAAAAAAGUCAAAUCAAAAGAUUAUACAAUAUCAUACAAGGCAGUAAAUGCACAUGGACCUUCAAAUGAACUUGAAGAUGAAUCAGAUUUUCAAGAAUUUAUUAGUGAGUAUAAAAGGAUGGCAAAAAUUUGA